GAAACUUCUUGUUUGGUACGUAAUGUUAUUCUCUCUAUAUAUAUGGAAGGAUGUAAAUAGUUGGAUUCAUAUGCUGUCCUCUUGCUUUGAUUUUCAUUCAUAACAGGAGAUGCAAGACUAACGGAUCAAUCGUUAAAAAUUUGGUUUCAUUCACUUCCAAUUGAAAGAUCAUGGAAGAAAAAGUAGAACCUGAGAGUAAAAGAGGUGUUGCACCGGCUAUUGGUAUUGACCUUGGAACAACAUAUUCUUGUGUUGGAUAUUGGCAACAUGGGCAAGUCGAAAUUAUACCCAAUGAUCUUGGUAAUAGAAUUACCCCAUCAUGUGUGGCUUUCACCAGUACUGAGCGUCUAAUAGGCGAAGGUGCCAAGAACCAGGUCUCUAUGAAUCCUACCUGCACCAUCUUUGAUGCUAAACGGUUGAUUGGUAAGAGAUUCAGUGAUGCAACAGUGCAGAAAGACAUGAAGUUGUGGCCUUUUAAGCUCAUAGAAGGGACAAGUAACACCCCCAAGAUUGUGGUUACAUACAAGGGUGAACAAAAGGAAUUCUCUGCUGAAGAAAUUUCAUCCAUGGUUCUUGCAAAAAUGAAAGAAAGUGCUGAAGCAUUCCUUGGUAAGACUAUAGAAGAUGCAGUGAUCACAGUACCAGCUUAUUUUAAUGAUUCACAACGCCAAGCGACAAAGGAUGCAGGUUAUGUUGCUGGACUUAAUGUUUUGCAAAUAAUUAACGAGCCUACAGCAGCUGCAAUUGCAUAUGGACUAGACAUGACGCGUGAUAUAUCCUGUGUAACGAAUGUGCUUAUUUUCGAUUUGGGUGGUGGUACGUUUGAUGUCUCACUCGUAGCUAUUGACCAGAAUGGCAAGAUAGAAGUGAAGGCUGUAGCAGGGGACACUCAUUUGGGUGGUCAAGACUUUGAUAAUGAAAUGGUGGACCAUUUCAUCAAGGAAUUUGAUCGAAAGCAUAAGAGUGACAUUAAAUUGAAUACAAAAGCAGUGGGAAGACUAAGGGUAGCUUGUGAAAAAGCAAAGCGGGAACUUUCUUCAACUACCCAAACUACCAUCGAACUUGAUGGUUUGCAUCAGGGUAUUGACUUUUCUACAAGAAUUACGCGUGCAAAGUUUGAAAAUCUAAAUGCAGACUUGUUUAAUAAGUGCAUAGAAACAGUAGAGAGUUGUUUGAGUGAUGCAAAGAUGGAUAAAAGAGUUGUAGAUGAGGUAGUUCUUGUUGGUGGGUCAACUAGAAUACCCAAGGUACAAGAAUUGCUACAAGAUUUCUUUAAUGGGAAAGAGCUUUCUAAGAGGAUCCAUGCUGAUGAGGCUGUUGCAUACGGUGCAUCAAUUCUUGCCGCAAAGUUACAUGGAAACAUGAGCGAAAGAGUUAAGAACUUGGUGUUUUUGGAUGUCACUCCUUUGUCACUUGGUGUGGAGGUGUUUGGUGAAGCUAUGUCGGUUUUGAUUCCAAGAAACACUCCAAUACCAACUAAGAAGGAGCGCAUUUAUUUUACGUGUGAGGACAACCAAAGUGCCGCAAAAAUUGUGGUAUACCAGGGUGAGAGAGCUCAGACUAGAUACAAUCAUUGGUUGGGGACAUUUAGUGUUGCUGUCCCACGUGCACCAAAGGGUCAUUCAAAAGUAAACGUCGUCUUCCAAAUUGAUGCAAAUGGCAUUUUGAGUUGCUCGGGCGAGGAACUAACCACUGGUUUGAAAAAGAAAAUGAUAGUCACUAAUGACAAGGGAAGACUUUCGGACAAAGAGAUUGAUAAGAUGCUAAAAGAUGCUGAAAAGUAUAGACUUGAGGACCAAGAGUACAAGAAGAAUGUUUCUGCUCGAAAUGCAUUAGAGGAAUACAUUUAUGACGUGGAAAACAAAAUAAAGACCAUACAUAAAACUUCCAAGAAAAAAAUCCGUACCAAAGAUAAGAAAAAGAUUGAUAAAGCGAUAGCGAAUGCAAGUCAAUGUCUUAAUACUCGUCCGCUUGCAAAUGCAAACGAGUAUGAGAAGAUGCUUAAUGAACUGGAAACAUUGUGUGUAUCUAUUAUUUCUCAAAUUGUUUGAUCAAGAUUUAUUGGUGCUGCUGAUGAGUUUUAGUGUGGUGGCUGAACUCUUAACUAUAAACUUUGUGCUAGUUGUGGAUUAUUAAUUUAAUCGCAUACAUUUUCUUUUA